AUGGGCCAAAAAUGCCCAGGCUACCGCGACCCCUCCAGCCUGAUUUUUCGCGACGAAAGCAGCCAAGUCAUUGACAAGGCUCGCUCGAGAAUGAACAAACGCUCCGCUCUCGCCUCUCAACAAACCUCGCAAUCUUCUUCUGCUCAGCGUACGCCGAUUCCUCAUCCCACCACCGCACCUCGCUCGCAACCACCGCCGCAUCAGUACCCUCCCCAAAAGAUGUCUACCGUCGAGGACAUGCUCAGCGACAUGGGCGACAGCAUGUUUGCCAACAACUCGUUCAACUUUGAUCUGCUCGGCUUCAAUACCCCUUUCAACACUGACGGUGGUCUGUUCAGCCUUUCUACCGACAGUUCCGAUGCCAUGAUGACGGGUUCGCAUUCCACGACUGCCAGCGCUAUCAAUUCUGGCGCCGCCUCUGCCGUGGAUGUGCCCCGCGAUGCUCCAGGCUGUGGAAUGGAGCUUGGCCCCACCACUAACUCGCCUGGCGGCUCCAGCCACGAGGGCAGCAUUCAGCCCCCGCUCUCCUUGCCUCUAGACAUGAUUGGUCUUGACUUUUUUCUCACACACUACGUUGUACACCAGUCGGGUCCCUCUUCGGGCUUCCUCGACUAUGUCGUCACAAUUUUGGCUCGCGAAGAGGGCCAUGAGCUGCUCGAGGGUGCCGUUCUUGCAGUCGGCUUUGCUGGCCUGGCACGCACUACCAAACAGACCGACCUUAUGUGCCGCUCAAUCUUGAUGUACACGCGCACUAUGGAGCGCGUCAACCGUGCGCUGGCCGAUCCUGUUGCGGCCCGGCGCGAUAGCACAAUCGUCACUGUGCUUGUCUUGGCGCUGUACGAGUUUAGUAAGGCUUCGCUGGAAGGCUGGAAACAGCAUAUUGACGGCGCCGUCUCUCUGCUCAACGUCCGUGGGAAAGCUCAGUUCACCACCUCGACUGGCCUGCAAAUCUUCAAGGAUGUCUUCACACAGCUUCUCACAAAUUGUCUGCGCGUCGGUAUUCCCAUGCCCUCAAGCCUGCGCAUGUUGCGCACCGAGGCGUCCAAGGCCUUUUCUGUCUCGGACCCUUACUGGGUUGCCACCAGCGCCAUGGUUGAACUCCUCGAUCUGUACCACCAAAUCUCCCCUGGUGGCUACAGCUACAUUAACCACAACCCCAACGGUUCCGCACCUAACAGCUCUACUUCCUCUACUUCAUCCAACCAAAAGCCUGCGCUCAAUUUAUCUAUUGAAGAUUUGGAGCGCCACCUGUCGCAUGCUCUCGAUAUUGACUACCGCUUAGAGAGCAGCUUUGCUGAAUGUCCUCCAGAGUGGUGCUACGCGAUCAUGGCGAAUCCCCUGCCCGCGACUCUCGAUACUACACGUUUCCACGGCGAAGUGCACCAUCUCUAUCACGACGUCUACAUUGCCAACGUUUGGAACAGGAUGCGCACCUGCCGUAUUCUGGCCAAUCAUGCUAUCGGCUACCUGCUGCUGCGCGGCGCCAACAUUGACCCCAACUGGUUCUUCUCAAACAACUAUGUGGACCGUCUCCAGGGCGUCUCCAAGACCAUGGCCCAUCUCCGCACUGAUUUGAUAGCUGCCGUGCCCCAGCUCAUGGGGUAUGUGACGUCGCCUGCCCAGCAGCAGGUGCAGCAUGAGCAGCAAAUGUACCGUCCCAAGGGAAUGACCCCCGUGGCAACGUCGGAUUCUGGCGUUGACGUCGGCGACGCCAUCUCGCCGCCGUACUCGCCUACCUCUAUCUUUGGGUCGUCAGAACCUGUUAGUGGCUACACGGGCUCGGCUGCUGGCGCCUACUUUGCUACCUGGGUGCUCCUGACUGUGGGCUGCAUGCACAGCCUGACGGAGGAGACUCGUGCCUGGACGGUGAACCAGCUGAAGCGUAUUAGCACGCAGGCCGGCUUUACGCAGGCCGACGACUUUGCCAAGUUCAUCGAGCACCACAAUCUCCGUCCGCCUCUGAAGUAG